AUGUCUGUCGAAGCCAAGUUCAACAAGGCCGUGUCCAUCGUCGGCUCGCUCCCCAAGGACGGCCCCGUCCAGCCCACCCAGGACGACCAGCUCAAGUUCUACGGCUUCUACAAGCAGGCCACCAUCGGUGACGUCAACACCAAGAAGCCCGGCAUGUUCGACCUCACCGGCAAGUACAAGUGGGAGGCCUGGAACAAGAACCAGGGCAUGUCCAAGGAGGACGCCCAGCAGGCCUACGUCGACGCUCUUCUCCAGAUCCUCAAGAAGCACGAGGACGAGGGCGACUCGGCUCAGCACAUCAAGGACAUCGAGAGCGCCUAG